AUGGCGUUGUUGUAUCACCGCUGCUACGACACGGAUCUCACCGCGGUGACGGAGGGAAGCAGCAGCCUCCGCGAAACCCGCAUGUCGUGGUCCUACACGGACCCACGGGUGGAUGAGACGAUUGUUGUUCUUCUUCUUGCCGCGCCCGCCACCUUCAAGGAGCCAGCCGACGGCGAUGCCAUGCACUAUGCACUGAAGGUCAUUCUUUUUACAGCCACUGCUGCAGAAAACCAAACCGAGCGCGUUGUUUACAUGGAGUCAGCACGGCGCGAAGUGCACAGCGCGAUCUUUGAGUUUCACGCGCCGUUAGACGUGUCCGUCGUGAAGGGAACAAGCGGUCUUGUCUUUGCCUCUACGCGGCAAUUCUUCUUUCAUGCCGUCGCAGGGGGGAAGUCAUUGGAUCGCUUUGUUUUUCUCCCCGUUGAGCGGACGUGGGAACGGCAGUGUCAUGCGCUACGACCGUUAGAUGAAGUGGAGCCCAUUUCCCGUCUUCUCGCCGAGGUGAAUGGCGACAGUCAACCACAGCUUCUGCUGAUGGCCAAAACUGGAUUCUCACCCGCAUCAGAGUCAUUAGCAGAGGAAGAUAGCUUUGACCUGUUGCUGGUGGCGUCAAGGGAGGAAGGUACAAGGGGGAGUUUACAAAAGAGACAACGUAUGGCGAGGUUGAUAAAAAGGAAUACAACAACUUCUCACCUGCAAACUGAAGGAUUGUACACCUUUGUUCUUGCGGUGGUGCGGUGUACCAUUCCAACCGAGCGUGUGGCGACCGCAAAAUGGGAAUUGUUACACUUGUGUGUAGACCGUGGGGUGCCCUUUCAAAAACAAGAAAACACUGGCAGCAUGGACGGGUGGAAUACCGAAGAUCCAAGAUCUAGCGACAGUGUUAUUCAUCCAGGUCAGUGCACGUGGUGCUAUAUACAAUGUUCUAAUGUAGAGACAGAGGGAAUGAGACAAGGUGCAGAGAAGAAAAGUAUUCAGGAGAGUAGGGCACGUGGUAUUGUUGUUGCCAUUGUACCACAGCCAUCCCAUGUUGUUACUGUAGUUUGCGGUGGAUUUGACGCGGAAAGUCAUUCCUAUCUUCUUGGUUUUGUGGCCAAUCAGGCAACAGGAAGCAGUAAUGUUCUGCAUCAUCCCGUGGAGGAAAUGGAGAAUCCUGAGGAGACACUCUGGAGUCUGUCUGAAGACACUCAUACGGUGCAAAUGAUGGUAUUGGGUACACCAACGGUUUCACUGCAUGGACCGAGUGAAGCAGACGCGGGUCGAGUCUCGCCACGAGUUUAUCAAACUCAACAUGCCCUUCGUCCUCAUAGCCCUUAUAAGUACUGCGAUAAAAGCACUGGUGGUUGGAUGCGACAGGUGGGCUUGUCAAUGGUACUACGCUUUGUGGUGGACUUCCUUGAUGAUGGCAUAGGUCAUGUUCGUACGGAGUUGGAUGUUAUCAAAAGCGGCCGACAGGGUUUGUAUCUUGUUGCGGGUGUACCUUGGGCAAAGAGUCGACAUGGUCGUUUCCCAAUCCCACGUACUGUCUGCUGGAUUGGCACCGCACCACUACCCAUUGGAAAGGCUCUUUCCUCCAUGGUGUUGUACCCCGAUAAUACUGCAGAAAAUGGUUAUGCUAACAUCACCGUCAUGAAUGCCACGAUGAGUGAUGAGGAUGCCACCUCAUGGUAUCACACGCUGCCUACCUCCAUUGCAUCCUCACCUCCUGCGGCCUCAAAGAAUGGAGCACUGCGUUGUUUUGUAAGUGUGAACACAUUGUUGAAGAAGACUCGUUUGACGUAUGUUCUUGAAAUAACUUCGGAGAAGCAGAAUUCCGAUAAUGGAAAGAAAAUCCAGGCCUCUGAGUGGCUAUAUACACGCCCACAAGGUGGGAAAACCGCUCUCCAUGAUGAUUUGGGGACAAAUGAAAUACUAGCUGCGUGUCUUGCUCGCUCUGUCGUCAUGCGAAACAAGAGUCUGUCGAAGGCCGAUGGCCUCAGUAAAGGUAUGUUGCACGAGUCCCUGCUAGAUGGUACGGUUCCCGAAGCUGUGAUGUAUGAGGCAUGGCGAAGCGUGGCUUUGGGAAGAAGUGCUGUUGUGACGAUGUCAAUUCUGGAGAAACUUUCUCAGUCUAUGGAGGUGAACGUCACGCAGGAAGUUCGUGAAUUGGCCAAUGCUCUUCGUCAUUUUCUAUUGACUUUCCUUGUGGAACUGGAUUGGAUUGCACACGCCGACAAUAGCAUCCUUCGUGAUAUCACGUUUCUUGUGCUUGGGGCUGUCAACACUCAAAAACUAUUACCGGGACGUCGCGAUUCGGCAGUACGCGAUGAAGAUUCGUUUGUUUCUCUGCUCGCACCCAAUGAACGACGUAGCAUGUAUUGGCUAUUAAGACAAAGUGAUAUGUGGUUACCACUGGUAGCCGCGCUCUUUGCUUGGGUGAAUCAUAUCCCCCUUAGUAGUGAGGAUGAGGGCGAGGGCGAAAUUCUUCUGGAGGAUGUCGUUCAGAAGUGGGAAAAAAUGGCUGCGUGUGAGUCUGGCGGAGGUCGCGCGUUUGAUGAUCUCUUAAGGCACUUACGUCGAUCUCAAAAUACGUCCAAAUAUCAGCAUGCUCUGGUGGUUCUUAUGCGUGGCAAUCUUUCGCUGCGCGAGAUCGCAUCGUUUGCCGUGUGGAAAGAUGAUGACGUGCGAAAUCCUUUUAUUGUUUUUUUGCAGCUUCUUUUGGAAGUGGCUGUGGCGUGUGAGGAUGCCGCGGAAGCAUCUUCUGCCCCGAACGUGGACAUAAGUCAAAUCGUCUUCUUUGCCGUCCAGGAACGCCUGCAGUCCGAUGGUACGCUUGGGGCAUUAUUGGAAUUUCUGCAUGAAUGGAACUUCAGUUUCCUUGAGGACUGGCCGCUUACUGCCAUGUCCGGUGGCCUGCCGGUGGUGUAUCUCAUCCUCCACCUCGCCACCGCUGACAGGAGCGGAAAAACGCAGGAGUCGCACCGCUUCGUCUCAAGAGCGGCGCAAGUGUUGCGUUGGUUGUGUGGGGAUCGAGUGGAACGGGCAGCAGAGGUGCUGAACGCGUUGUGCGCCGCGAAAGUUCCUCUUUUAGCGCUCUGUUUCACCGAGCGUCAAAGAAGAAAUUAUUUUAGGUCUCCUGAAGCCCCUCCGAGCGGGGACAUCUAUGCAGGAGGCGGCGGUAGCAAUAUCAGUCGGGCCAUGCACCAUAUCUUGGGCUCCUCCACGGCGUCUCUUCUGAGAGGCGCCCUCACAGAUUUGGGGGUUUGUAGUCCCACAGAUGACACGAACAGUGAAAAGUUUAUCCUUUUUUUGUGGACACUUGUGCUGGAGAAUGACGAGUCAGCUGCCUUUAACCCCAAUCUCCUGCAGCUGCUUUAUGAAGCACUUUUUGCAAGCAGUGGGGCAACGCUUCAGAAAUCUGUUCCCAGGGCCGUCCUGCUGCUGGAAUUUCUUCGGCCUGUCUUUUUGUCAACGUUCCCGCGAGUGUUCGCUGCGGUGGGAGAUCAACAGGGAACUGUAGGGUGUGCACUUGCCGCCACUGCGGUUUCUCCGACUUUACCGAGCGCCGCCGUGCUGGGACCGCCACUGGACGAGACGGAAAGUGUUGAACGUGUCUGGAUAAAGACGCUGCAUGAAAUACGGCGAUUGAUUAACCUGCACGUUGCGGACUGUCUUGAAGUUCAGUGUCUUUCAUUGCUUUUCAACGCCUUUGAGGCGUCGUGUACCACACUGUCUGAGGGACCCCGCAGCGGGAGUGAGGCGGCAACCGAGGACAUACCCUUUACCUUCUCUCCGGCAGAAAUGUACUUUUUGGCCUUGCAAGUAAUCUCCAAUGAACCACCGCGCUUUGUGGUUGCCGUGGAAGUCAUGCGGCGAAGAAUACGUUCAUAUGUCCUGCACAAAAUGCGACUGGCGAUACAACGUGCAGACGAGGGGUUGUUAUCGUCGAGGACGUCGGAAGUGGACGACGCCAAACCCCUUCUGGGAAAAUUAAAAAGAGACACGCUGUGGUGGGACAGCAAGGUGUAUCUGAACGAUGUGGCGGAGAAUCUUGCGCUAGUCAUCUCUGCCUUUGAAAAGGCAGCACCGCUGUACUCCCACGCCGUGUUGUUUCUUUUUCUCGAUGAAUCAUUGGCCCUAAUGGAGGAUUCGGAACUGGGACGUGGAGAAAAGGAGGAGAGGCCGGUUUCAGAGGAUGUGCGAGGUGAGAUGCUUCAAUGUGUUCGUCAAGCGGCACACUCCCGGUGGGCGAAGCUGCACCGACAGGAGAAGAAAUUUCUUUUCCGUCUGCUCUCACAUCGUCUUUCUCUUCCCGAUCAAGAGAAAGCGGAGGGGGAUGUGUACCAUCGGAAUGAAGUGCACCAACAAGUUGUCAGGGAUAUGGCCCGCAUGAAAGAGGCCCUGCAGCAAAGGAAUGUGAGUGCAGCGUUGUUGAGAGCCGUACGAAAAGAUGCUUGCCAUUCCUCGUCCCGUGGAGGGAGUACAGUUCACAUGGAUAGUAAUGAUGAUAUGGGAAGCGGCAUAUCAAUGUUUUCAACGGAACUCGAACUUCUUUUUAAAGAGGAGGCUUAUGUACGACAAAGUUUACAGCGACACUUGAGGCAGGAGUAUGAUAACCUUAUUGGUAGUAGCGCCUUUUGUGCUGCUCUGGGAACAUUGUAUCUGGCGCUGCGGGAGGAACAACGUCGGCGUGUGUUUGUUGUCUUUGUUAUUGAACAGGAGGACAUUUUAUUGACAUUUGGUUUUAAUUUUUUUUCUCUGAUGAAAGAGGCAUUUCGACGUGGGGUGCGUGUGUUAUGGAAGAAUGCGAUGGAGUGUUUUCAAAGGCAGCUCCGCUAUCUUCUAUUGCAAGAGCGGGAGUCACGGUCUGCUGUGGAGGCCGUUUGCUUUGUGGAGCACAAAAUACUCGUUGAUCUCUCCAACCAGCAGUGCGCCGUGUUUGACGCCGAGAACAGUCUACGUCUUUCUCUUGUAGAGGAGGAGGAGGCGCAUCGCGACACCUUUUAUGAGCUCUUUGCGAGGGAGGAGAUGAUGGCGCAGCGGCGGUACGAGGCGCGGCUGGAGGAGGAGGCGUGGCGCGAGGAGGAGGCGCAGUGGGAGAUGGAGCUGCAAAGGCGUCAAGAGGAGGCGGGUGAUGAAAAGGGGGCGGACACGAUGAGGCGGAGCAGCCGACAGCACACCUGCCUUGAGUGGCAGCAGCGCCAACUUGCCGCGACGGAAGAAAAGGGAUCGGUGUUUUUGCGGCAGCCAUCGCCACGAAAAGAAAUCCAAGCACCAUCGCCGCUGCCAACAUCAUCGUCGUCAUUGGCGCCUCCUCCUGCGGCAACACGAGCCGCAGUAAAAGCAACUGCAACACCACCUGUCGAGGCGUUACCGCCAGCGAAUGCACUGGCGCCACUUAUCCAAAUGGACAGCACAACAGCGACGUCUGUGGAGGCUGGCGGGUUUAACGCAUUGUUGGAUGCCUCCGAGUCGCUCUUUGGUGCCUUUUCACGACUGCAAAGGCAAAUUAUAACCACCGUGGCUCCACCACCAACCGCGAGUGCCAAGAACGACACUUCCAACGUAUUUACGGCCAUUGCGCCGUUAAAACAGGAACGAGAAGAGGAUAAGGGGGAGAACGAAGGAGAACGCAUGGAACAUUUUCCCAGGACGUCUCCCCCAGUGAUAACAUCUGCCCUUAAAACGUCUCCAUCCAUCACGGAAAAGAAAGAGGGAUGGGACGAUGUCUUGGAGGACAUGUCGCCCCCGUCCACCCAAACUGGCCGUGAUGAUGACCUGGCGAAAAAAGAACAGGGCGCCUUAGAAAAAACCCCUACGAGCCAUGAAGAUAGCAGCAAACGCCUUCGGCUAAGAGCGUCUACAAAAACGAGUAAAAUUCGUGCCCCACGACAAAGACGUCUUGGCGACGUGCUCUGCCUUGAGAAGGCACCUGAGAAAAGAA